GCCGCCGCCGCCGCCGCCGCAGCCAUGCGCCGACAACCUUCAGCCAGCCAGGACCCCCUUGCACAGAAGCCAGAGCCCCUGGGGAGUAGAGACGACCGACUGGAGGAUGCCUUGCUGACCCUGGGCUCUGUCAUCGACACUGCGGGCCUGCGGCGGGCUGCCAAGGAGGCCCUCUCAGCCGUGCUCCCCAGAGUGGAGACAGUCUACACCUACCUGCUGGAUGGGGAGUCCCGACUGGUGUGCGAGGACCCCCACCAUGAGCUGCCACAAGAGGGGAAAGUCCGAGAGGCUGUGAUCUCUCAGAAGCGGCUGAGCUGCAAUGGGCUGGGCCCCUCAGACCUGCCGGGGAAGCCCUUGGCCAGGAUGGUAGCUCCACUGGCUCCUGACACUCAAGUGCUGAUCAUACCACUGGUGGACAAGGAGGCAGGGGCAGUGGCUGCUGUCAUCUUGGUGCACUGCGGCCAGCUGAGUGACAGUGAGGAGUGGAGCCUGCAGGCGGUGGAGAAACAUACCCUGGUGGCCCUGCGGAGGGUGCAGGCCCUGCAGCAGCGCGGGCCCGGAGUGGGCUCCGGAGCGAUCCAGAAGCCCCCAGCUGAGGCUGCAGAAGACCAGAAGAGCGACGUAGCAUACACAGACCAGGACCGCAAGAUCCUGCAACUGUGCGGGGAACUCUAUGACCUGGACGCCACUUUGCUGCAGCUCAAAGUCCUCCAAUACCUGCAGCAGGAGACGCAGGCAUCCCGCUGCUGCCUCUUGCUAGUGUCAGAGGACAAUCUACAGCUUUCCUGCAAAGUCAUCGGAGAUAAAGUGCUGGGGGAAGAGAUCAGCUUUCCUCUAACAAUGGGACGCCUGGGCCGAGUGGUGGAAGACAAGAAGUCCAUCCAGCUGCAGGACCUCACCUCUGAGGACGUGAAGCAGCUGCAGAACAUGCUGGGCUGUGAGCUACAGACCAUGCUCUGUGUCCCUGUCAUCAGCCGCGCUACUGACCAAGUGGUGGCCUUGGCCUGUAGCUUCAACAAGCUUGGAGGAGACUUGUUCACAGGCCAGGAUGAGCGUGUGAUCCAGCACUGCUUCCACUACACGGGCACCGUGCUCACCAGCACCCUGGCUUUCCAGAAGGAGCAGAAGCUCAAGUGUGAGUGCCAGGCUCUUCUCCAAGUGGCAAAGAACCUCUUCACUCACCUGGAUGAUGUCUCUGUCCUGCUCCAAGAGAUCAUCACGGAGGCCAGAAACCUCAGCAAUGCAGAGAUCUGCUCGGUGUUCCUGCUGGAUCAGAACGAGCUGGUGGCCAAGGUGUUCGACGGAGGUGUGGUGGAUGAUGAGAGCUAUGAGAUCCGCAUCCCAGCUGAUCAAGGCAUCGCAGGCCAUGUGGCAACCACCGGCCAGAUCCUGAACAUCCCAGACGCAUACGCCCACCCGCUUUUCUACCGCGGCGUGGACGACAGCACCGGCUUCCGCACGCGCAACAUCCUUUGCUUCCCCAUCAAGAACGAGAACCAAGAGGUCAUUGGUGUGGCGGAGCUGGUGAACAAGAUCAAUGGGCCGUGGUUCAGCAAGUUCGACGAGGACUUGGCCACCGCCUUCUCCAUCUACUGCGGCAUCAGCAUUGCCCAUUCUCUCCUGUACAAAAAAGUGAAUGAGGCCCAGUAUCGCAGCCACCUGGCCAAUGAGAUGAUGAUGUACCACAUGAAGGUCUCUGACGAUGAAUACACCAAACUCCUCCACGACGGCAUCCAGCCUGUGGCUGCCAUCGACUCCAACUUUGCCAAUUUCACCUACACCCCUCGCUCUCUGCCCGAGGAUGACACUUCCAUGGCCAUCCUAAGCAUGCUGCAGGACAUGAAUUUCAUCAACAACUACAAAAUCGACUGCCCGACGCUGGCCCGGUUCUGUUUGAUGGUGAAGAAGGGCUAUCGGGAUCCCCCCUACCACAAUUGGAUGCACGCCUUUUCUGUCUCCCACUUCUGCUACCUGCUCUAUAAGAACCUGGAGCUUACCAACUACCUCGAGGACAUCGAGAUCUUUGCCUUGUUUAUUUCCUGCAUGUGUCACGAUCUGGAUCACAGAGGCACAAACAACUCCUUCCAGGUGGCCUCGAAAUCUGUGCUGGCUGCACUCUACAGCUCCGAGGGCUCCGUCAUGGAGAGACACCACUUUGCUCAGGCCAUCGCCAUCCUCAACACCCAUGGCUGCAACAUCUUCGAUCACUUCUCCCGGAAGGACUAUCAGCGCAUGCUGGAUCUGAUGAGGGACAUCAUCUUGGCCACGGACCUGGCCCACCACCUCCGCAUCUUCAAGGACCUCCAGAAGAUGGCUGAAGUGGGCUAUGACCGAACCAACAAGCAGCACCACAGACUCCUCCUCUGCCUCCUCAUGACCUCCUGUGACCUCUCUGACCAGACCAAGGGCUGGAAGACCACCAGAAAGAUUGCUGAGCUGAUCUACAAAGAAUUCUUCUCCCAGGGAGACUUGGAGAAAGCCAUGGGCAACAGGCCAAUGGAGAUGAUGGACCGGGAGAAGGCCUACAUCCCCGAGUUGCAGAUCAGCUUCAUGGAGCACAUUGCAAUGCCCAUCUACAAGUUGUUGCAGGACCUGUUCCCCAAGGCGGCAGAACUAUACGAGCGUGUAGCCUCCAACCGUGAGCACUGGACCAAGGUGUCCCACAAGUUCACCAUCCGCGGCCUCCCGAGCAACAACUCACUGGACUUCUUGGAUGAAGAGUAUGAGGUGCCCGGGCUGGAUGGCACCAGGGCCCCUGUCAACGGCUGCUGCAGCCUAGAUGCUGAGUGACCCCCUCCUGAGACCCUCCCCGCCCAGCUCCUUGUCCCACCACCCUCCUCUAGUCUGGACCAAGGCACUGGAAACCAGAGCCAUGAGUCCUGGCUCCAGAUAGGGUGUCCCAUGUGACCCUGGGGACAUCCUGACCCUCCUGGGCCUCAGCUUUCCUGUCUAGGGAAUAGAAGCAAGACUUCCAGCUUGCUGAGACUUUGUCAUUUGUCCUCUAAGAGUGUGGGGGUGGCAGUGGGCUCCACUCUGCACCUCUGACCACACCCUGGCAAGUCCUCCUCAAGCCAUGCUUUCUCUGAGCAGUCAGGUGGGGGAUUCCUUCUGUGUCCCCUUCCUGACCUACCAGAUCUGUGCCCUUUCCCUGGGGGGCCCUGUCCCCUGGGGUGUCCAGGAUCCGCACAGAAGGUGGGAUACCUACAUGAGCAGAGGGUGGGAAACAGUCACCGGUUCUGCUAGAGGACUACAACAGCCAUGGGGCAAAGGUGCCCCUAAAGACCACCCUCUGCUUCUGGUGGGUUGGGAUCUGGGGCAUACAGUGGCCCCAGAGGGGCAGCUCAGUGCUCUGGGGGCUCAGGCAGAAAGCAGAUGGGAAUGGUAGGCAGGAAGGCUCCCCAGGCUGGGAGACAGGUGCAGGUGUGUCGGUGAUGUUUUCUCCUGGCUGUGUGACCCUGGGCAAGUUCCCUUCCCUAUCGAGGCAAAACAGGAGGUAAGACAAUCUGUUCUCUGAGACUCCUUUUAGUCCCCAUAUCUCUGUGGCAUCCCAGCAGAGGUCGUGGGUUGUCUGUGUCACCCUAGAGCACAGAAAGCCCAACCGUGAACCCCUCAGUGUCCCCCUUAGCCUGAGCCCGUCCCCCAGUCCUACAGCCAGAGAGGGACCUGACCUCGCCCCGGCAGGGCCUCUCUCCUCUCCAAGGCCAUAUCCACCUGUGCCCCGGGCCUCUUGGGUCAACCUGGCCAUUGGCUUCUCUCUUCUAUUUUUUUUGUGUGUGUUGUGGGCAGGGAGGGGCCACCUGCCUUACCUACUCUGAGUUGCCUUUAGAGAGAUGCGUUUUUCUAGGACCCUGUGCACCUGUUGUAUGUGGUCCUGUGGGCUGACCGCUUUGUACAUGAGAAUAAAUCUAUUUCUUUCUACCAA